AUGGUGAAGGCUGAGGAGAACGGAAAUGGGGCAGCAGGAGAUUUUGAGCCCGAACAGUUCCGGAAGAUGUUCAUUGGCGGUCUUACAAGUUCAACGACCGAUGAAGCGUUGAAAGACUACUAUUCUCAAUGGGGUGAGAUUGUCGACUGCGUUGUAAUGCGCGACCCCGCAACCAAGCGUUCAAGAGGAUUUGGAUUCGUCAGUUAUUCAAAGCAAUCCGAAGUGGAUGCCGCCAUGGCUAAUCGUCCGCAUAUUAUUGACGGAAAAACGGUCGAUCCUAAACGUGCUGUUCCGAGGGAUCAAUCUCAAAAAUCGGAAGCAAAUAUGUCGUCGAAACGACUCUAUGUUUCUGGAGUUAGGGAAGAACACACAGAAGAUAUGUUCAAGGACCAUUUCAGUAAAUAUGGCAAUGUUCUUAAGGUAGAAAUUAUUGCUGAUAAAAGCACUGGGAAACCUCGCGGCUUUGCCUUUAUUAGCUUUGAUGACUACGAUGCUGUUGAUAAGUGCGUUCUCAUAAAGAGCCACAUGGUCCACAAUUAUAGGUGUGAUGUUAAGAAAGCCUUGAGUAAGGAGGAAAUGGCAAAGAUACAACAGCAGGAACGGGAAAGGAUGGACCGAGGUGCGAGAUCUCGAGGACCGCCCCCUGUAGGCAGGGGUAGUGGCUGGGGCCCGGGACGUGGCGGGUUUGGAGGAAACGGCAAUUGGGGUGGCAGUGGUCCAGGA